CCUUUAGGUUGUUUUUGUUUAUUUUGCAUAGUUUAUAUAAAAAUAGUUACUCACAAAGAUACAUUUUGAGAAGCUCUGUUAACUGUGAUCAUAGUAUUAUUAUUCGGUCGUUUACGCUCUUAUUUUCUUACUUUCAGAGCUUUGUUAUCACAUGCUGAUUUAUCCGUGAGAGCAAGUUUGUGCUCUGUUGUAAAAAAAAAACAGGAAGUAGGUUGUCUGUGGAGGAGCUGAUGGUUCAGUGACUUUACACCAGAGGUUCCCAAACAAGACUGACCGACAUGAGCGGCACAAAGGAAGUCACUUUUGAUCCGAAAGAACAUCAGCAUCUGCGUUACAAUCCUCUGAGGGACACCUGGGUCCUUGUGUCGGCCCACCGCAUGAAGAGACCCUGGGCAGGUCAAGUAGAAAAACCUCCUGAGGAACACAUACCCAGAUAUGACCCCCGCAACCCACUCUGUCCCGGGAACACGCGUGCAAAUGGCGAGGUAAAUUCAGACUAUGACAGCACUUUUAUUUUUGAAAAUGACUUCCCCGCUCUGCAGCCAGAUGCUCCAGAUCCUGGUUCAGAUCAACAUCCAUUGUUCCAGUCUAAAGCUGCCAGGGGCAUCUGUAAGGUCAUGUGUUUCCAUCCUUGGUCUGACGUCACGCUCCCUCUUAUGAAAAAACAUGAGGUUCUCAAGGUAAUUGACAAGUGGGCAGGGCUUGUUGAAGAACUAGGAACCAAAUACCCCUGGGUUCAGAUCUUUGAGAAUAAAGGAGCUAUGAUGGGUUGUUCAAAUCCACAUCCUCAUUGCCAGGUGUGGGCCAGCAACUUCCUGCCUAAUGAGCCGGCUCUGUCAGACCGCUGUCAGAGAGCAUACUACAAGAAACAUGGAGAGCCGCUGCUGCUGCAAUACGCCAGACAAGAGGCUGAGAAAAAGGAGCGUGUGGUGGUGGAGAAUUCUGAUUGGCUGGCAGUGGUUCCAUAUUGGGCAACGUGGCCCUAUCAGACACUGUUGUUGCCACGACGACAUGUCCUUAGAAUCACUGACCUGACAACAGGGGAGAGGGAGGGUUUGGCUGACAUUAUGAAGCGCCUGCUGACCAAGUAUGACAAUCUGUUUGAAAUCUCUUUCCCCUACUCCAUGGGCUGGCACGGAGCCCCGACCGGCACCCACUUAAAGGAAGACAACUCUCACUGGCACCUGCACGCUCACUACUACCCUCCUCUGCUGCGUUCAGCUACGGUUAAGAAGUUCAUGGUGGGGUAUGAGAUGCUCGCUCAGGAGCAAAGGGACCUGACCCCUGAACAGGCUGCUGAGAAGCUAAGGAACCUCCCAGAAGAGCACUAUAAAACCAGAGAGAACCAGGAAAAAGAAGGAGGAAAUGAGAAAGAAGGUUGAGGAAAACAGAAGUCAGAGUGAAAUGACCUGUGUGAUGAUUAGAGGAGAGGUUGAAAAUUGAAGGGUUUUGGAACAAAACAACUUCUCUGAACUGGUGCAACAUGUAAAAGUGCCUUUCUGAACACAGGGCUCUGAGAUAUUUUUACUUGCACAAUAUAAAUUAUAUGUAUAUAUUUUGAAUACAUUUCUGUAUACACAAAGCUGGUACUGGGUUUCUUUCUGCAAAUUAUAAAAUGGACUUCAAACAAAAUGUGCUAUGAAACCCAUCCUCCAUGUUUUAGGGAGAUAAUGAGAGAACAUUAUUCUUUUCUUCUCUGCUGUCCCUUCUGCUUGAAUUUAAACAAACUUUGUUUGUUGUUUGGUUAUGUUGGAAACCUUUCAACCACGAAGCUUUCUCUUCCAACAACACAACAAAUUAUUUGUGAUUCAAAUGAAUGCUUUUGUUUCUUGUAAAUGUUUUUACAUGGAAAGUAAUUCUUGAAUUAGUUUGACAGCUCUCAGCCUCAAACAUGUGACAGUGUAAUUCUUAAUUUUAUAUAGAAAAUAAAUGAUUUAACAGA